AGAAAAUUAAAAAUGCAGUCAGCAAAGGAAACAGCGGCGAGUAUAGCAGCUUCAGCAAAGGCUGGCAUGGAGAAAACCAAGGCCACGGUUCAAGAAAAGGCAGAGAAGAUGACGACCGGUGACCCGCUUCAAAAGGAAAUGGCUACUCAGAAGAAAGACGAGAGGAUUCACGAGGCUGAGCGCGAGAAGCACGAGGCCACCGGAGGCGGAGCUUUCGGCCACGACUACACAACUGCACCACCGUACACUGCUGAAGGUGGGCCCCACCCGCAGACGACAACCCGGACUCCAACAGAUCCGGUAACUGGUGUAGCUGGGCGGGUCGGGCAUCAGGACCCAAAUACAUAUUAAUGUUUCGUGUGAUUAUGUAUUUUGAAGACUGUAUUUCGAAGACUUCUGUAGUAGGUUUAUAUGGUUGUGAAAAAUUACUACCUUGUC